UCGAGUACGCAGCCUGUCGCCGGGACUACAAUUCCUAGCGGGCGCUGGGGUAUCCCGGCAGGCAGAGCGCCGCCGCCGCGGCCGAUUGGCUGAGCGAAUGGGGGCCUUUCCUCGCGCCGCGCCGCGGUUCCCUUUUGGGUCGGCGCCGCCACCGCGCGGCGGGGAGACGCCGGUUGGGGACCGCGCCGGGUGAUGGCGGCCUGGGCCGCCGCUCUGCUGUGGGACGAGGAGGACGCGGCCUGUACAGGGUAAGAUCUUUCCAGAGAAAUCAUUAUGGUGCGACAACGAAGAUGCAUGUUAUGUCAUAUUGUCUACAGUUCAAAAAAGGAGAUGAAUGAACACAUGAGAAGCAUGCUUCAUCACAGAGAACUUGAAAACCUGAAAGGGAGGGACAGCAACCAUGAGUGUCGUGUGUGCAGGGUGACAGUGGUGGGCUUAUCAGCUUAUGCCAAGCACAUCUCCAGCCAGCUACACAAAGACAAUGUCUACACCUAUGACAGGAAAGAAGAAGAAGGGAAAGAAGAAGAUGAAGGAGAAUACUUUGACAAGGAACUAAUUCAAUUAAUCAAGCAAAGGAAAGAACAGAACCGGCAAAUUGAAACUUGCUGUGCAAACCAGGAUAUAGAACCUGAUGACAGGAGACCACAAAGAAGGAGUAACGAAAGAGCUACUUAUAAAGACAGAGAAGAUUAUGAUCAGUCAUCGUGGCACCAUCAUGGCCCAUCACAGAACAACUGGAAAUGGAAAGUUGAUGACUUUAUUAAUCCUAGACAAAGCAAAUUCCCUCAGUCUGUUAGGAAUCUUAAUACAAACAGGCACCCUAAUAGUCCAAGAGGGCGCUCUGGAUGGCACCAAAAUAGUUCCGGAGGCCCUUCUAAUUGGCAUCAUGGCCUUGGGAAUUCUGGAAGUGUUUGGCAUGCAGGAGGAAAUGCAUCGAGCUGGCAUGGUGCACCGGGAAGAAAUUCCAACUGGCAUUCUGAAGGAGCAAGUGGUUUUUCAACUUGGCAUUCUAACAACUGUGGAGGAAACUGGAAAUCUAAUUCUCAUAGUGGAAAUAGCUGGAAUUUUGGUGGCUCAGGGGAUAAAUAUGCAUUAGUAAGAAACAGGGCUGCAAAUACUAGUUCCAAGCAAGAAGAUGUAAGCACUACCUGGAAAACCCCAAAUAAAUAUACCCCAAAAAAGUACACAUGGCUUUCGCAGAAAAAUGACAGCACUGGCAAUGUGUUGCCCUGUGGUGGUUCAGCAGAUAAUAUGAGUAAUUCACUGGAUUUUACUAGUGAUGCACUCUCUGAAGGAAGUUUACUGGAUUUUGCAAUGUCUGAGCAACCUGAGAGCAAAAUUUCCAAGAUCAGUGGCAAAAGUGGUAGCCCUUCCAGAGAUAAAAUGCAUCGUUGGUCUCCGUAUCCAUCACAGAAAAUUGUAGAUCAGCAGCCAGGGCCUGAAGACAGUGUUUCUAAAACCUUAGAGAAAACAGAUACAGUAUGCACGCCUCUAUUUGAGCCACCUAUGAAAAUGAAGGAUUGUGAAAAUAAUGUAGCUAUGCUGAAAAAAUGGACAGAAUCUUCUUGUUAUAAAGCUACCUCUGAUCAUCUUAAUACUCACAAAAUGCUGACAGACUCUACCAGUGAAGGAAGACCUGAUCAGGAUGAUGGCAAAAGUAACAGGAUGCCAUCACUGAAAUCCCCUCUCCUGAAUCUUCCAGGCCUUAAGUCCUUUUUACAAAAUCAAGACCCAAAGACACAAAAUCUCUUGAAGAAUGUCAGAAUUCUCUUAUCACGCACUGGAGAAUGUGAGAAUCAUUUGAAUGCACUAAACUUGGAAACUAACUGCUCCUCUUACACAUCCAAGCUGCAUAGUAUGUGUACUCAUAGCUUAAAAAGCAACAGAGAUGUGCUCGACGGUGAUCAGAAUGAGCCUAUUAAUAUUCAGAGUGAAAAACAGCAAAAAGCUAAAGAUGAUGUGCGAUCCAGUCAUUCUUUGCAAAAUUCUUUAAGCUCCUACAAAGAUACAGAGAUCAAACACAAUGAUGAUCAAAACACAGGUGGUAUUUCAAAAACUGAUAAAUCUACUUUAGAUGAAGUGAGUGAUGAGGAACCAGCAGAGAGUGAAAAGUCUGAAUUGGGAAUUGAAAAAUUCAAUGUUUGUUUACCAGGUAACCCUGUGGAGUGUGAACAUGCUAGUGCUAGAAAGAAAAAUGACACAGGAGCAUUAGGUAAAUCUCCCAAUUCCAAUAUUGUCACUGAUAAUCAGAAAGGUUCUGAAUUUCAAAUGGAAAGUGCAGUGUCUCCAUCAGGCCAUAAACACCACUUGGAUUUGGAUUUGAAAGCCUCUCAUGGGGGUGAAGGUGAUGAGAAUCCUAUUAAGUCAAGUGAGCAUUUUGAAAUGGAAAGCUUUGAAAACCAUUCAGAUCAUGAAUUUCAAAAAGGAGGCAACCAAUCUUCAGGCCCCCUGCUUCCUGACUUAAGCAAACUUGGCCUCCCUGCUUCACUUCAAAGAGACCUGACCAGACACAUUACUUUGAAGAGCAAAAGUGGGGGACAUCUUCCUGAGCCCAAUCUCAACAGUGCACGUCGCAUUCGAAAUGUCAGUGGUCAUAGAAAGAGUGAAACUGAGAAGGAGUCUGGACUUAAACCAACCUUGAGGCAGAUUCUUAGUGCGUCCCGAAGACACGUAAACUGGGAGCAAGUCAUUCAGCAGGUAACCAAGAAGAAACAAGAGCUUGGCAAGGGUUUACCAAGGUUUGGCAUAGAGAUGGUUCCCCUUGUUCAAAAUGAACAGGAAGGUCUAGAUUUAGAUGAAGAACCUGACAUAUCCACUCUAGAAGGAUUUCAUUGGGAAGGGAUUUCUAUAACGGCAACCGGAUCAGCUAGGAAACGCAGCUUCUCUGAGAGCAGUGUGAUUGUAGACAGAAAUGUGUCUGCUUAUGGCUUCUUCGCUGACCAAGCCACAGCAAAAGAAUGUGAGCAAAGGCAGAUCAAUUCACAUCACAUAAUGUCUGGGUUUAAAGAAACUGCUGACACUGUAGCUGACCAUAGACAGGAGGCAUGCUAUCUUCCGUUGUCACCCUUCUUGUCUGAAAGAAGUGAAACCAUUUCCAAUGGAAGGAGAGACAGCCUACAGAAUCUAUCUGGUCUUUCAAGUCCCACAACAGUUACUGCAAAACAAGACCCAGAGAACCCAGAAAAUACAACAUCACCUCUUGAAAAUCAAAAUACAUUAGAGAUCACAGGAGAAGGAAAUGUUUUGGCUUCAAGUGGAUCUUCAGUGCUUGCAGUAUCCAACUCUGUAGAUGCAGCUACAGACAGUAGCUGUACAUCUGGUACUGAGCAGAAUGACAGCCAGGGAAUUGGAAAGAAAAGAAGAGCAACUGGCGAGGGAUCCUCUCCUGAAAUUCCAAGUCUAGAAAGAAAGAAUAAGAGGAGGAAAAUUAAAGGCAAAAGAGAGCGUUCCCAGGUAGACCAAUUGUUGGCUAUUUCCUUGAGGGAAGAAGAGCUGAGCAAGUCCUUGCACAGUGUGGACAAUAGUCUCUUGCAAGCUCGGACAGCUCUACAGGCAGCCUAUGUUGAAGUUCAGCGGUUCCUUGUAUUAAAACAGCAGAUAACAAUGGAGAUGAGUACAUUGAGGAGUCACAGAAUCCAGAUCCUGCAGGGGCUACAAGAAACAUUUGAACCUUCUGAGCAGUCAGAGCAGCUUACAUGCAACAUCACAAAUGAAAGAAGAAAUAGCAGAACACGGACGACAGCAGAUGACCUGUUUCCUCCAAGCCCCUUCUUCCCCCUGCUGGAUACUUCAUGUCUCUCUGCCCACAUUUCCCCUUCUAGUACUGCCUUGGGAGCCCCUGCCCAUGUAAGCACCUCUGCAAGCAUUGCAUCCACCACUGUUCCUGAUUCAUCAGUUCAAAUUAAGAAAGAGCCUGUGCCUGCGGAACAUGGAGAAGAGAGCAUGAAUACUGAACUUCCUUGCUCUGUGCGUGUACCUGAAGCAGAAGUGCAGCAGAAAAAUGAGGAGAUCAGCCAGAAAACUUCAGUGUACCCAAUUAUUUCUGCAACUAUCUCCUUGUCAGAACUGACUGCUGCUUUCCAGCAACCUAAUCAAGAUGCUUCCAAACCUGCUAUGGACAUGGGAAGGACCAGGCUGCAUGGGACCCCUUCCCCUUCCCAGUCACCAUCUGCUCUCAGCAGAAGAGGGGCAAAUGAAACCCUGACUGAAAGCACUUUACCUGACCCAUGUAGUAGUUCCCUUCCAAAUAAGUCAUUUCCUUUAGAAACAUCAUUAGAUAAAGACUCCAAACCAUCAGAAGAACAGCCUGAGCAACAGGCAGAAACUACUCUUGUGUCUGCAGAAAGCAAAGGGAACAGGAGAAGGAAAAGGCUAAGAAAGAAGAAAACUCUCCGUGCAGCCCACAUACCUGAGAAUAGUGACACUGAACAGGAUGUAAUUGACUCUAAACCUGUUAGGAAGGUGAAGAUUGGGAAGGGACCCAAAGGUGAAAAAGUUACUACGUCCACUCCUCCAAAACAAGAGGAUGAAGGCAGUACUCAAGAAGCAGAGAGAAACAAAGAUGAAAAUGACAGUGAUAUUUCUCUUGAAUUAGUGGAAAUCACAAACCCUCAGUUUGAAGUAGUGGCCAUAGGUUCAUCAGAGUCAGGAAAUGAAAAACCAGACAGUCCAUCCAAAAGGGACUCCUGUGGGCAAGCAUUAAUGGAGGCACCUCAUUCUGGUUAUGAUGAAGUGAGUUCCACCAGUGAGAUUGGCACAAAUUGCAAAGAUGGUGUUAAGAGAAGUGUGGCUGAGACCCAGACUUCUAUAUCAUCUAUAAGAGGGUCGAAGAAUUCUUCAGAAGUGUCUUCAGAGCCAGGUGAAGAUGAAGAACCUACAGAAGGGAACUUUGAAGGACAUGAAGCUGCUGUAAACGCUAUUCAGAUUUUUGGGAAUUUGCUAUAUACUUGCUCAGCAGACAAAACUGUCCGUGCCUACAACUUGGUUAGCAGAAAAUGUGUCCGUGUCUUUGAAGGACAUACUUCAAAAGUGAACUGCCUUCUGGUUACUCAGACAUAUGGAAAGAAUGGAAUCCUCUACACUGGCUCUAGUGACCACAAUAUCAACUGUUACAAUAUUAAGACUAGAGUAUGCAUAGAACAGUUUAAAUUGGAAGAUCGGGUGCUCUGUCUACAUAGUCGAUGGCGAAUUCUCUUUGCGGGCUUGGCAAAUGGCAGCGUGGUCACUUUCAGUAUAAAGAACAACAAGCAACUGGAUACCUUUGAAUGCCAUGGCCCUAGAGCAGUGAGCUGUCUAGCCACAGCUCAGGAAGGGGCACGCAAAUUGUUAGUAGUGGGAUCCUAUGACUGUACCAUCAGUGUGCGGGAUGCUCGAAAUGGACUGCUUCUCCGAACCCUUGAAGGUCAUAGUAAAACAAUACUAUGCAUGAAGGUUGUGAAUGAUCUGGUGUUCAGUGGCUCUAGUGAUCAGUCUGUCCAUGCACACAAUAUACAUACAGGAGAGCUUGUACGAAUCUAUAAAGGUCACAAUCAUGCAGUAACUGUUGUUAAUAUUCUGGGGAAGGUGAUGGUGACAGCCUGUCUGGAUAAAUUUGUCCGUGUUUAUGAGCUACAGUCUCAUGACCGUUUGCAAGUCUACGGAGGACACACAGAUAUGAUCAUGUGUAUGACUAUUCAUAAGAGCAUGAUCUACACUGGCUGUUACGAUGGCAGUGUCCAAGCUGUGCGGCUUAACCUGAUGCAGAAUUACCGUUGCUGGUGGCAUGGAUGUUCACUAAUAUUUGGAGUUGUGAACCACCUGAAACAACAUUUGCUAACGGAUCACACCAACCCAAAUUUUCAGACCCUAAAAUGUCGCUGGAAGAACUGUGAUGCUUUCUUCACAUCCAGGAAGGGUUCUAAGCAGGAUGCUGUAGGGCACAUUGAAAGACAUGCUGAGGAGGACAGCAGGAUUGACUCAUGAAGCUUUUUUUGUCUCCCACAUUGGGAAGUAAUUUUAUUCAUCAGAAAUAUUCCAUGCAUCAUCUGCCUGUUACCCCACCUCUUUUCCCAUGCUUUUCCUCCUUGGAAUGCAAAAAGGGAGUGGGGCCUGAUGGCUUGAUUACAGAGAUUGCAUGUCUCAUGCAGCCUUGUAGAAAUGGGAAUAGUCCAUUGAGACUCAGACCAAACAGCAGAAUUUUUCAAGUUUUAAUUAAUCAAAAAACACAAAGAAAAUCUCCCAUCUCUUGUCUGCCAUUUGAAGAAUCAUAUUCUGUAUGUGUAAGUUUGAGCAUUCGGAGGGGGGUGCUCAGUACCCAGAUUAAAAAUAGGUACCAGCAUUUGCUACUUUAUCUUAAAAUCUGUAAGGAUUUAACCAAGGUGGGUACUGUUUACAUGUCUGCUUCACGUUGUAUCUAAGUCCCACAAAUACAUUCAAUUUUGGUUUUUGCCAGUUUUAAUAAAAUAUUGCUAACAAGAAAGACGCAUGUUUUACAAAGAGUUUAAAUUAAUUUCCAGUACAAAUUUUGGCUAUCUUCAUAAAACUGUCUGGCCUUUUAACACGGGACUGAAAUAAAUGAACAGUUCCUCUUUUAAGGAAUUGAAAUGUAUACUUUAAUAUUUUUAUUCUUAUUUUGUCUAAAAGUUGCUCUAACUGGUAAAAAUGUAUACAGUGACUGACUGGAUUUUAUUGUCCUACACAUUAUAUUCCGUAAGAGAAAGUAAGAUAAGAACAGACACUGUUUGAAAUGUAUUAUAGCAGCAAAACAGUCAAACUAUUGGGUCCAUUAAUCUGUCAGAAUAUUAGGCAACUCAUUACCAGACAAUAUGGAGAGUGACACCAAUUUUUAUUUUGCAUUUAAACACCAGCACAGUAUAAUUAUAAUCAUUAUUGUGUUGAUAUGGCAGUAGAGCUUUUUUCUUUUUUUUUUUUUCCAAUUUUGGGACAAAGUAACUAAUAUUGCCAGACUUUUAUUUUAUUUUAUUUUAUUUUUGUUGAGAUCUUGUAUGGAAUAUUAGCCGGUGGCACUGUUGUGCUGACUUAUGGAAACUCAACUUAUUAAAGAUAGGCACAAACACCACAUAGCUAAUGACAGUCAUUUUGUGUUGCUUUGUUUAUGUUGUAAACACAGACUGCAUCAGGUUCACAUUAACUCAAGUUUAUCAUGGGAUUGUGCAAUAAAGAAGGCUGCUGGUUUUGGAGCAGGAUGUUAAAGUCUGAGGAUUUCAAGCAGAAGCUGAGGGUAUCAAGUGCAUAUCAUUUAUAUAAAGCUUGUUUCUACAAAUGCUUCUGAGGGAUUACCUUUUCAUUUGCUUCUCAGGGAGACUGAAAUCUCAUUUGUGCAUUUGGAACAACAAAAUGAAAAAAAACGCUCUUUAUUCAUUUGAUAGUUCCUUUGUUCUCUUAGGCAGUGGGACUGAAAGUAGCAGAGGCUUUCUUCUCUCCUGUUUUAAUAACCAGCUCAAGACAAGACAGGAAGAGUUCCUACCAGCUAUGCACAGAAAGUAAAAAAACAAAAAACAAAAACCAACAACCACCCAGCAGUGUUAAGACUAUUCUUCCCAUGAGCAAGAACCCUGUGGGCGUCUGAAUAGGCUCAGAGUUCCAUGCAACAUCUCUUCAGCUACUUGAUCAAUACUUAGAUAUGCCAAAUACAAAUUAAAUUAAUGUUAUGGCCUCACUCUUUGAUAACAAGCUGCCCACCUAGUAAUCUUCAAUGAAACUAAAGUGAAGGUUUCACUUAAGGUGUUUUGGAGUCUCUUUGAGAUUAAUUCUUUUAAUAUUGUCUAGAAAAAAUUCUAAUUGCAUAAGGUCAGUGUUUUUUCUUUCAAUUUUACCUCUGUAUCUCUCCUUAGGUACAGAAUAUAUUGACACCCUAUUCCCUAAACUGUAGGGGAAAGCUUCUGGGCCAAAGGCUCUUUAAUAGGUUCCACAUUGUUAAGGUUUUCUGUCGAAGAGACUUCACCAGUGAAAAACUGUGAUUUGGAUCUUAAGCCAAGAUAUUCUUUGGAUAGAGUACUUUAAGUACAAUUCAGGGAGAUCCCUAAGCAGUGUGGUAUUCAUUUUGUGAUGCAGUCAGUAAUGUUGUAGUGUCAUCUGGGCCACCUCUCUCACAGUGAAAGAAGAUAAGAUUUAUUUCAGUUUUAAAACACAAAGCUGUGGAAAGCCUAAAAGAUAAUUUCUAAACUAUUGACAUUCAAAAGCUCUUGAACCACAGACAAGGGAAAUGGAAAGGUGUGUUUGUUUUUUUUGUUUUUUUUAAUUAGGAUAUUGUUAGUAGAAUGUGAUUUGAAGUGGAGGCGCAGAGCCAUGUAAUCAAGGGACAAGCCUGCAGUAUGUAGUGUUUGUUCCCAUUCUGAGAAGUGAUGUGCAUGUGGAUUUUAUUGCUCUUUCUUGUGACAUUUCACAUUCUCCCAAGUUUUUCACUGUAUUUGGGAAACUGUUGAUGACUGAAAGAACGUAAUUGUCCUUUUCACUAUGUUAAGCAUUACGGGGGAUAUACUUCUUACUUUUUCUAUUUUUAAUUUGGCUUCCUGAUUUAUAAGUUGUUUUGUUUUUUUUUUUCUUUUUAGUUAAAGUGGGUGUGAACAAUGACUUCCUUUUGAAUCCAUUUCAAGACAUCAGAGACCUUUUCUUUUGCUGGUGUUUAAGCUAUCCUUAUGAAGUAGUUGGAAUUGUUUAAAUGUAGCUUUAUAGUGUACAUCAGAGGGUAAGAACUAGCUACGGCUCCCCUAUGGAUGUCUUUAUUUGAUAGCUUCCACCAGACACUGAUGUUAAGAACCUUAGGACUAGUGGUGGGACAGGAGGUAUGUAGCUGGAUGGGCCUUUAAAAAUAUUUGGCUGUAUAUUUAUAAACUUGUAGCUGCUUCUGAGGUCCAGAAAAGAGUGUCAGAACAUUUCACUGUGUUGCAGCAAACCAUUAGAGAUGAGGCUAAGUGACAAAACUGUCAGGGACUUGGGAUUUGCUUCUGGGCCCAUCUGUAGUCUGCUUUUAUGUGCUAUCCAGCUGGAACUAGGCAAGGUUGAUUUAAUGGCUACUUGCUUCUUCUAGACAUUAAACUGCUGCAGGUACAGUAGUUAAAGUUAAUAGAACAUUAGUUAAUUAAAUUAAAGCCUAGGGUACAAGUAAAUGUACUCCCCAUGUCUCAACCCAUAUAAAGUCUGACUUCUAACAUCCAUGCACUCAGAAAAGAGCUAGAAAUUGUAUGGUAAGAGGGGAAUAUUACUGAGUUUUGAAAGAGACUAGGUGUCUCUUUGAAAGCAAUAUUGCAUGUCUGAAGCCUGUAUUAAAGACGGUGUUUGGUUUUUCAUGAAAGGAGAAGUUGAGAAGGGAGAUGACAAGAAUGUGGCUUUUGUUUGUUUUUUAUUAUUAUUUUUUGUUUUUAUUUCUGUCUUCACAAAGGAUUGAAUUAUUUCUAUGUGUAACUAACAUAUGGUGGUCUUGUUAUAUCACCAUUUUUUUUCCGUAAGCAAUAUUGAAAUUUUAAAGCCUUGACUUUUUUUAUGGUGCAAGUGUUCAGAGCAAGGGAGAGAGUGUAUGUAAGUGGAGUAAUUCUGCCAAAUGUUAGGUAAACUUUAUACCUGUAUCCUGGAUCACAACUUAGUGCUCUCAGAAAACAAAUAAAUCACUAGGUCACAUAUUAGCAAUCUUUCUAUCUUUUUAGUCAUCUUUUUCCCAUCCAUUUAUACAACUUUACUGGGAGAAAUGAUAGUUAACUGAGGAUGUUGGAAUACAGGUUAAAUCUGUCCCCUUCUCCCCCUACCUUCCCAAGGUACAUUAAUUACUAGGCUUUGGUCAGUAAGGGCCAUCUUGAAGUAGACGGGAAUAAUUUCCACCAGUGCCAAAAGAAAACCUGUUCAUUGGUACCAAGAUGCAUUAAAUACCCCAGCUUCUGCUUGCCCCCUUGUGACAAAUAUGUAGACUGCACAUAUUCACCAGCAGAACAGUUGACAGUUGUGUAUGUUGCUUGUUACAAAACAGCAAGGGAUUGGCUGUAUAGUGCUUUGUCCAAGAAGUGAAGAUCUAUAUAGGAGUUUAAAGACCUGCACAGUCCAACACUUCUGGAUCAACAUGAACAAGGAAGAACAAAACCUCUAAAUUCAGAUUAAUUUCUAGCAAAAUGUGGUUCCUGUGGAUAAUUCUGCGGUCAGGACAUGAUGAUUUAUUUCUUGUAGUUGAUCAGAAACUCAAGAAUUAAUGUUAAUAAGAACAAAAGAGAAAAAACCCCAAAACAAUGUAGAACAUGUAAGCAAGAUCAGGAAAAUUGUUUCAGCUAUUGUCUAUAAAAUAUUUAUUCAGCGAAAAUGUAGAGCAAACCAUGUAGUUAAAGUGUAAUAUGCACCUGUCAGCUUUUCAAAUUUCAUUUGACUAGAAAUGUUAAAUCUAGUCUUUCUAAGAAUCAAAGUGGAAUAAAACAAUGUGGGUUUUAAGUAGUUCAAAAGUAAAGCUGUGUAGAUCAUGUGCACAGAUUUGAGUUGGCCUUUCCUCUCAUUUUGGUAACAAAGCUGUGAACCUAUUAAUGAAACUUUAUAAAGAAUAAAAUAUUGGGAGGGGAGAGAAAUAAAAGUUGUUUAUAAUGACA